AUGACGUCAAUAGAUGAUAAUAUGCAAGUGGUGCUUGAUGUGGAAAGGGAUCACCCGUUCACCGGCCAGUGCACCCAUACAUGCGAUAAAGAAAAAAUUUUUAAAAGAGGCUAUGGAUGGGAAAGUGCCGGUUGGACGGACCCAAAGAACCCCUCGGAUCACGAGGAAGAGCUGAGUGAUAUGCUCGACUAUGGACCACUGGUUGUGUACACAAAGUCCAGUUCCCCUGUAUUCCAAACAUAUUCCGGAGGUAUACUAGACAGCCGUAAGUGCAAUAUUACCGGCCCUUUAGAUCACAGCCUACUUCUGGUGGGAGAGGGUGUCGCCAAUGGGACCGACUAUUGGAUCGCCAGAAAUAGUUACGGUAAGGGUUGGGGUGAAAAGGGUUACAUACGUCUGGCUAAAGGUAAAAAUAUGUGCGGGAUCGGUUUGGGAUAUAUAUGA